GAGAAAUUCAAUUAUGGGCCAUCCUCAGGGUGCCACGAAAGGGCUGUCUUUCGUGAGCGAAUGUGAGCCACUGGUGGCUGCAUCCACUGCCAUCCCAUGCGACCCCCAAGGCCCUCUUCGCCGAUCUCCGCAAGACUCCCACCGACCAGUGCGCAUCCUCCAAUAUUGUGGUGGUCCCGGGGCAAUAAAUGACGGAAGUCAAGAAGAACAAGACCAAAGCCAAGGAGCCCAGAGGAGGAGUUGGACGUUUGACAUUCCUUGCCGCCAGAAAAAUUGCUGGGCAGGACUUGGUACUGGCUUGGAAUUCGCAGUGUCCUUUGCUGCUGCAGGUGGAAGAGCAGGACCGACGGCGUACCAGAUCGCCAGAAAGACGGAUAUAUUAGCAGCACUUGGAGAAGACAGGAUUCUAGCUUUAUACACAGGCACUGCGCACAUGUUUGGCUCUACGUUUGAGGAAUAGUGCCUAAUGCAGGAUUGGACCAACAGGCUGAUGGCGAUCCAUCCUCGUAUCGGAUGCCUUCUCAGGGGGCCACCAGGUGAACCUCGCAAGGUGAUGAGAAUGCGGACCUCGACUGAACAACAUGGAUGGGAUUUCCAACAACCCACGCUGGUGUUGAUUGUCUUGAGCUCUGCUGCUCGGGGCGCCUCCUCAAACACCAAUCGCAUGUGUCACACUUUGUCAAGUGGCCCAAAUCGCGAUGUUUGGCUCUGCCCAGAAUGUGCCUAUCUGCACUGCCUCGUUCUGGGCAACAUCAAGACACUCCAUCCACCACAAUCUCGUCCAAUGCUGGAAGUGCCGAGCAGCUGCAAACCAUGGCACCCUCUUCAAGGCAGAGUUUUCCUCUGCUCUUAUUUGUGAUUUGUGAAGUCGCCUCAUCAUGACCCCGUUGGUGCCUUACAUCCUGUACGACACCUCAUAAGCCACGUUUCUCCCAUUAAUACAAGGCUGAGUGCGUGUGUCCGACUUGUUGCCUGCCUGCCACCGAGUCUACGCCAACCGACCUCAGAUCUGAGCGGUUCAGCUCAGCCAUCGUCGCAAUGAAGGGGCCAAAUUCCCCUCCGUCCUCACCUCCAAGGAUCACAGUUGACACAUCGAAUCUAGCAGGACAGCCUCGGGCGGAAUCAUCGACGACUUGGGUAACAUCACCAAGUCACCAAAGGGGACCUAGCAUGUCCACGCCUCCCCAAACCGCCAUAGACGACAGCUCGUACUUGUCUCCCACUUCGCCUGAGCGCAGAGCGCAAUAUGAUGGAUCAACUCUCAAUUCCAGGUCCGGCUCUGUCGCUUCGGGAGCUACAACGACACGAUUCCGAUCGAAUUCGGGCAUAUCAGCAGCAUCCAAUACUACAUUCUACUCCAAAUCUAGCCUCGAGUUUGACCCCCCAGAAGAAGCCUUACGAGCUGACAAGGGAGACGAGAAGGACUUCAGCGUCCCAAAUAAUCCCUUUGCCUUCUCCCCGGGUCAACUGAACAAGCUCCUCAAUCCAAAAUCAUUAUCCGCCUACAAAGCACUAGGAGGUCUGAAAGGUCUCGAAAGGGGACUGCGGACCAGUAUCUCAGCUGGGUUGUCAGUGGACGAAACCCGCCUCGAGGGACAAGUCUCUUACGAAGAGGCAGUUGCUGCUGGAUCCGGCAAAGAAGGACUUUCAGAUGUCAGCCUAAGCCGCUCAGAUUCACGUGGAAGUGUGAGCCUGCGCGAAGUCAAGGGCCAAUUUGAAGACCGCCUCCGCGUCUAUCGAGACAAUCGACUCCCUGAGCGAAAGCCAGACAGUAUCCUUGUACUCAUCUGGCGAGCAUAUAACGAUAAAAUCCUCAUCCUGCUCACCAUCGCCGCUGUGAUCUCUCUAGCCUUAGGGAUUUACGAGACUGUGGAUGGAGGCUCCGGAGUCGACUGGGUCGAAGGGGUUGCCAUUUGUGUUGCAAUCCUUAUUGUAGUUAUUGUUGGUGCCGCCAAUGACUGGCAAAAGGAGCGGCAGUUCGUCAAACUGAACAAACGGAAAGACGAUCGAGAAGUCAAAGUCAUUCGCUCAGGCAAGUCUAUUCAAAUUUCAGUGCACGACAUCACAGUUGGCGACGUCCUUCAUCUCGAGCCUGGCGACGCCGUUCCGGCGGACGGUAUCUUCAUCUCUGGACAUGGCGUCAAAUGCGACGAAUCGUCAGCAACUGGUGAGUCGGAUCAGAUGAAAAAGACUCCAGGCGAGGAAGUGUGGCAACGUAUUCAGGAUGGAACUGCGACCAACAAACUCGAUCCUUUCAUCAUCAGUGGCUCCAAAGUUCUAGAGGGCGUCGGCACCUAUCUCGUCACCAGCGUCGGUGUGAACAGCUCCUACGGAAAAAUCUUAAUGAGCUUGCAGACCGACAAUGAGCCGACCCCUCUGCAGGUGAAACUGGGCAGACUGGCAAAUUGGAUCGGAGGCCUUGGAUCUACAGCCGCAGGACUCCUUUUCAUCGUCCUUCUGAUCAAAUUUCUGACUCACCUGUCUGGGGACACACGACCAGGGGCCGAGAAGGCCCAGGAGUUCUUGGACAUCCUCAUCGUCGCAAUUACAGUCAUUGUUGUUGCCGUCCCGGAAGGACUGCCCUUGGCAGUGACGCUGGCUCUGGCCUUCGCCACUACUAGAAUGUUGAAGGAGAACAAUCUCGUUCGAGUUCUUCGUGCCUGUGAGACCAUGGGCAACGCCACAACCAUCUGUUCGGACAAGACCGGCACCUUGACUCAAAAUAAGAUGACUGUGGUUGCCGGCACGAUCGGAACGAAGGGGAAGUUUGCCUCGUCACGCUCGGCGGAGACAAGUGAAGCUGCCUCGUUUACCACGAUGUUCAGCAACCUGAACUCUGAUGUUAAGGAAUUGCUCAGGCUCUCUAUCACUCUUAACAGUACGGCUUUCGAAGGUGAAGAGAAGGGCUUACCCACUUUCAUUGGUUCCAAGACCGAGGUUGCCUUACUCACUCUUGCAAAGGAGAAUCUGGGUCUUGACAAUCUAGCUGCUGAACGAUCGAACUAUAAGAUCAAGCAAUUGAUCCCAUUCGACUCGGCUCGCAAGUGUAUGGGUAUAGUCAUCAAACACAACGGGGUCUACCGGCUUCUCGUCAAGGGAGCCGCGGAGAUCAUGCUUGCCAAAUCGGUCAAGACCAUUUCCAGUGUCUACGAGAAGCAGUGCGCAGUUACGGAUUUGACUGCCGAGGAAAGGGAAACGAUGUCCGCCAUCAUCGACGAAUACGCACGACACUCACUCCGCACCAUUGGUAUGCUGUACAAGGACUUCCCACAAUGGCCACCUGCUGGUGCGAGGACCCUUGAAGAAGAUGCAAAGAUGGCCGACUUUGACGAUAUCUUCCAUGAAAUGACAUGGAUUGGCGUCGUCGGGAUCCAUGAUCCUCUCCGAGAUGGCGUGGUUGAAGCCGUGGCACAGUGCCAGCAUUCGGGUGUGGUGGUCCGCAUGGUCACUGGCGACAAUGUCACCACUGCGCGUGCGAUUGCUACUGACUGCGGCAUCCUACGCAAGGACGAAGACGGGAUUGUGAUGGAAGGCCCUAAGUUCCGCCAGCUCUCCAAUGAGGAAAUGGACAGGAUUCUGCCACGUCUUCGUGUCUUGGCUCGUUCGUCGCCUGAAGACAAGCGCAUCCUUGUCGGUCGGCUCAAGCAUUUGGGCGAGACAGUCGCAGUAACUGGAGACGGCACCAACGAUGGACCCGCCCUGAAGAUGGCCGAUGUUGGCUUCAGCAUGGGCAUUGCCGGUACGGAAGUCGCAAAAGAAGCCUCCUCCAUCAUCCUGCUCGAUGACAACUUCUCUUCCACAAUCACUGCCCUCAUGUGGGGGCGAGCUGUCAACGACGCGGUGAAAAAGUUCUUGCAGUUUCAGAUCACCGUCAACAUCACUGCCGUGAUACUCACUUUCGUGUCUGCUGUCUCCAACGACUCGAACCACUCCGUUCUCACCGCCGUUCAGCUCCUCUGGGUGAACCUCAUCAUGGACACUCUUGCUGCUCUGGCGCUCGCGACCGAUCCGCCUACCAAGAAGAUAUUGGAUCGCCCCCCACAGCCAAAAUCAGAGGCUCUGAUUACGAUCAACAUGUGGAAAAUGAUUGUUGGCCAAGCAAUCUAUCAACUGAUCGUCACAUUCGUGCUCUACUUUGCCGGCAUGUCUAUUUUGAGCUACGAGCCGAGUCAGCGGAAAGAACUGGAUACCAUCGUUUUCAAUACGUUUGUCUGGAUGCAAAUCUUCAACGAACUGAACAACCGCCGCUUGGACAAUAAGUUCAACAUCUUUGAGAAUGUUCAUCGCAACUUCUGGUUUAUUGGCAUCAACUGCAUCAUGGUCGCAGGGCAGAUCAUGAUCAUCUUCAUUGGCGGAGCUGCCUUUAGCAUUACUGCCCUCGACGGUCCUCAAUGGGCGAUUUCGCUCCUGGUUGCUCUGCCUUGUUUGCUCUGGGGUGUCCUGGUUCGAUGCUUCCCUGACGCUUGGUUCGCAGUCGUCUUCAACGGAGCGGUCAACGGCAUAACUUUCGUUCUCCGUCCGAUCUGGAAGGGUCUUCAUAUCAUUUUUCAUCCGCUUGCACAGAUCUGUCGCGCCAUCGCACGGUUCACCAGGCGUGCUAUACGCAAGGUCACCCACCGGAAUGCUUCUGAGCAGGAAGACGAGCCAGCGGCGGUUGACGAGGAGCGUCCCUCGACCGUGGCCAUGGAGAAGCGACCUGGUGCCGCCCACGCGUCGAGCGACUCAACCUCAACGGCAGCCACCAGGAGGCUCAGUGAUAUUGAUACGCCUUCACCAUCCGACCGGAUCAGUGGCGCGACAGAAAUGAAAGAUAUCCCUGUGCCCUCUGUGUCGAUUACUGGGCCCAGCUGAGCGAUAUAUCUCCCCAACAGUUCUUGCGCCUGUCGACUGUACAUACGCCCACAUCUCGGGUUUUCAUUUGUUGUCUAUAUAUCUAUCUGGAAGAGUCGGCGUUUGGUUUGGGAAACCAUGUGCGAUAUACGAAAAGUAGCGCCGUGAGACGGUGCCGGUAGGGGUAUGCAUGCGCGGGUCAAGGCUUUUUCCACGAUCUGACGACCUCGGAGUUCUGGAUGGCGUUUGUCGGGCAGGCUUUCUGGUUGGACUAGCCUCUGCAGCUGGUCGCUUGGACUGGAUUUGGAAUGGGAUUUGGAUUCCGGAUUUUCGGGGGUCACAAGUGUGUGUGACUCUGGGAAGGCAAAAUUGUUUCCUCGUUGGAGAUCCCGUCGUUGUCAAAACUGAAAUGUGUAUCGGCUACAUGCGAAGCUGAGGAUAGGCAAGUAUUGUGGCGGGUUAACUAAGAGAAGAAAAAGAAUUUCAAUGUAUAUGCCCAUACUAAUUCAGCUUUCCCUGGCUG